AUUUUCUCUACCAAAACCCCUAUUAACCCAUUCUACACUCAACUCCCACGGGCUUUUCUUUUCAUUUGGCAGAAGCCAUCAUUUGGAAAAAAACCAAACCCAUUUGACUCCUUCUUAGCCAUGAGUUUUUUGCUCUGCCAACACUCAACAUUUGCAGAGGAGAAAACACGCACAAAAAGCUAAUUUGGCGACCCAUUUUACUCACUCGGCUCUCUCUGGAAAAAUCAGACAGGCCACAAAGAAAAAAAAUUCCCAACUCCCUCUCAAUAUACAUCCCUCGGCCCUUUCUUUGACUCUCACCAGAAAACACACAAGAACAAAGCUCCCCAUUUUGGCCUUCCUUAAGCUCUCAACGGACAGAAAAGGAUAGACGAAGGAAACUUUGGGAGCCAGGGAGAUACGCUCAAGGUGUGGAAAUUGUAUCAAACAUUUUGGUUAAGGAACUACCACCUACAUUGAGGAUAAUUUGACUCCACUUAGUCACCACUUCAAACGGGAGAUGGAAAGCCCUCGCCGAGUGCAACAGAUGUUAGUAGUGCCGCCAGAGGUACAAAGAUGGCCCACGUUACUCUCACCCAAUGAGGUUAACCAAAUAGCCGAUCGAUUAGGACACAUCGGGGAUUUCAAGAAUAUUAAGUCCGAUGGAUAUUUGGUAGAAGCUUUGGUGCAUCUAUGGGACCCCACUUGUUCUGCUUUUAGAUUUGGAAAAAGGGAGAUGACCAUAACGAUUGAGGAAGUCGCCGGAUUUCUCAAUUUGCCGAUUCAAGGAACUGCCGUGGUAUUGCCACUAGCAUCUAAUAAAGUUAAAUUUUGCCGUUUCACUGGGUUAAAGGAAUCAGUACUACAAGGGGCAGACCAAAAUAUAGAGGCGAAGUUCUUAUUUGAUCGAUUUGCGCUAAGAGAUGGUUUUGAGAGGCAUCGAGGGGACUUCUCGUUUACUUCCAAGGAAACGUGGAAUCGAAAGAGAGUCUGGGUAUACGGUUUAGUCAUGACGGGAACCUUCUUUUUUCCUAGGAAAGAUAAAAAGAUAGCCUUCAAGCUCACUAGAAUCCUGUAUGACUUGUUUCUUGGAAUUAAUGAUAGGCCGUGUUCCAUUAUUCCUACCAUUUUGGCCGACAUCUUCAUAGCCUGCACUACCUGUCAGAAAGGGAAAAAGUUUUUUUGUGGUUCAAAUUUGAUCUUACAUAUAUGGGGAAUGGAGCAUUUCAUGAGACGACCGGCUAUUUCAUCAAGUCUACCAAUGUUCGCAUACAACUGGAUAAUCACACAUCACAAGAGGAUUAAUAGAGACAGUCUGCCGUGCAAUGCAUCUGAGUUUGUGGAUUUCUUGAAGAACGUGACUGAUCAAAAUAUUAGAUGGGUGUUGGAUUGGACCGAUUGUACUAAACCCGUUCUUCGCACCCAGGCAUCCGAAUUCAUUCUCUUACUGGGUACUCAAGGGAUUACUGCCUACGCCCCAAAAAGGUUUCUCAGACAAUUAGGGCGUACCCAAGAAAUACCACCCGUGCUUGACAUGAGCGAAGUCACCAUUAUUUUUAACUGGGGAAUGUGCCCAAAUCAAAUCCCUAUGAAAGAUCGGAUUAUUGACGCCUGGGUGACGCUAUCUGAUGACGUGAGUUUUAGAUACAUCCCAGAGCUCAAGCAGAAGGGUUUGACGACUUCACAAUACGAAGACUGGGUAGGAGGAUCCGCUGCGCAAGAAAUUCAAGAUGAGCCAUCUGAGGAGGUGAAAAGGUUGAAAGCCAUUAUCGAAGCAAAGGAUAAGGAAAUUCUGCAGUUAAGUAAGUCUGCCGAAGCAUACAAAGGGAUGGCCGAGCAAAGCAAGCAAUUGUAUGAAAAUGAACGAGGAAGGCGUCAAGAGCUGAAAAGGAAAUGUGCAGAAUUAUAUGACCAAACUGAAUGUGUUAGAAUUUCAUAUGCUAGGGAAACAAAGGACUCUGUAUUAGAUAGGUUCAGAAGCUUUGGCAAUCUUGUACGGAAUCGUCUUCGUGACAUGAUGUAAAUAUUGGCAAGUUUAUCAAUGAAAAUGAUUUUUCUUCUGCUCUCA